AUCAAAUUGACAAGAUUAUUUCUGCUGAAAUGCCUUAUAAAGAUGGAUGCUUAAAAGAAAUGAUUAAAAAAUUUAUGCUUCAUAGACAACAACAUUCAUUCCAUUGUCUUCAUAAUGGUGUUUAUAUUUAUCAAUAUCUGAAGCCAAUUGUUCCAGUAACUUAUAUUAAUGAAAAAGCUGCAAAAAAAAUUGGUUUAUCUUGUGGAACUACUGCACUAGCAGCACUAUUGUAUGAAGGUGGACAUAUGGCUCAUUCAUUAUUCAGAAUAUCUGUAGAGGAAAAUAACAUUAAUAUUCAAUCAACAAUUAAAUAUUUUAGUAGUCAUGCAGAUUUAAUUUGUGAAUCAGUAUUAAUAAUUUGGAAUGAACUUCCAAUGGCUAAUAAAGCCAUAUUAGAUUGUGUUGAUCUUCUUCUCAAACAAAUCUGUAAUAAAAAUGAACCAUUUGGAAGAAAACCAGUUAUAGAGAUUGGAGAUUCAGACAAGUAG